AAUGGGCGUAGCGCUUGUUGAGCGGCGGAGGCAACCGGCAUACACAGGGGACCUGAGCGUUCGUGGAGAGAGCGAGAGGUCAGGCCAUGAACCUAGGAGAUGGUUUAAAGCUUGAAACUGAAUUAUUGGAUGGAAAAACCAAGUUAAUAUUGUCUCCAUAUGAAUGUAAAUCAAAAUAUUCUGUGAAGAUGGGAAAUAAGACCAAGAUUGUAAAAUGUCCAUUAAGAACAAAACAAACUGGAUACAUUCUAAAAUCAACACAAAAUACUUGUAUCAAGAGUGGAAAACUUUUGCAAAAGAAGAGAAUGGGUUCAGAAACUUCACAGGCAAAAGGUGAAAAAAAUAGUAUGACUUUUUCACCCACUAAGGAUUUAUGCAAGCAGUAUGUAGAUAAAGACUGUCUUUAUGUCCAGAAAGAGAUUUUACCUGCCACCCCCAAUAUACAGAAGACUAGAAACACCAUAAAUACAUCUAUAGUAUCUAAAGAGAAGCUUUGCCAAAAACACAUCACAGCUGAAAAUAUGAAGAGCAGUUUGGUGUGUCUAACACAAGACCAACUACAACAGAUUUUGAUGACUGUGAACCAAGGGAAUGGAUCUAUUUCCCUGAUUGAAAAUGGAAGGGAGGAAACAUGUCGGGGCAGUCUACAUUUAAACAAUAUUUCUAAUCAGCCAAAUGACGAAAACGUUAUGGGAGUACUCCAAAAAACUGAGGCUCUUUCAUCUGUCCUAGAUGAAAGUAAAUCUGUUUUAAAUAAAAAUCAGGAGACAUCUAAGCAGUAUGAACAGAAAAUUGCCAUAGAGAAUGCAUGGAAACCAGCUGACAUAUUCAGUACCCUGGGGGAAAGAGAACGUGAUAGAAGUUUGUUGGAAGCAAAAAAAGCCCAGUGGAGGAAAGAGCUUGGUAGGACAUUAUUUACAGAUGAACAGGUUGCUUUAAAGAAGAAAGAAAAAGAAGCUUCUGAAAAAUGGAACAAUCCUUGGAAAAAAUUUGAAAGUGAUAAAAGAGUAUGGGAAAAAUUUCAAAUUCUUGACCAGUCUAAGACUUGUGCUAGCUCUUCUAGCAUUCUGUCACAGUCUCCUUGUCAGGUAACAUUGGUCCAGGAUGAUGGGCACCCACUAAUUAGAGUUGGUCAAAUUUUAGAGGACGCAGUACCACUGGAGCACUCUUUCAAUGCUGUGAAACAAGAACAGCAGAGAAAAUGGAUCGAAGAUUUGAACAAACAAAUAGAGGAUGAUCGGCAAAGAAAAACAGAGGAAAAAAUUACAUCUUCAAAGGGUGAGGAACAUGACAGAUGGACAGUGCAUUUUGGUUCAUUAAAGAACUAUCCUGCUUCUCAGUCUCAACUCUCCUCUCGGUCAACAUACAACCAACCAGAGUACUUCUGUGUCUCUCCGGACACUCAGGAGCUGGCUGAUAUCAACAGUGUUUAUACACCUAUGAGUGGAAGCCAGGUUGAACCUUCAGAGGAGGAACAUACAGCAAAACCUCUUAGAGAUACGACUAUGGCAAAUAGUCAGAAAACGAAUUUUCUCCGUUCUAUGACUGCUCUCUUGGACCCAGCUCAGAUUGAAGAACGUGACAGGCGACGACAAAAACAGUUAGAACAUCAGAAAGCUAUCACUGCUCAGGUAGAGGAGAAACGCAGGAAGAAACAGCUGGAAGAACAGCAAAGAAAGAAGGAAGAACAAGAAGAGGAGUGUCGCUUAGCACGGGAGCGAGAAGAAAUGCAGAAGCAGUAUGAAGAAGACAUACUUAAGCAAAAACAAAAGGAAGAAAUCAUGGCUCUCAAGACAAAUGAGCUAUUCCAGACAAUGCAAAGAGCACAAGAGCUAGCACAGAGACUGAAACAGGAACAGAGAAUCCGAGAAUUGGCUCAAAAGGGACAUGACACUUCUGGAUUGAUUAAAAAUCUUGGCGGACAUGGCUUGGAUGACGUCAGUGAUAAAAUGAAUAUAUGUAUCAAUUCUACAACCUCUCCCAAAAAGGACACUGCUGUGCAAACAGAUGACUUAAAUACAGGAAUGUUCACCAAUGCAGAAUCAUGCUGUGGAUCAGUAAUAGAGAGGGAAAUUAUAAAUUGUUCAUCCCCUGAGAUUCCUGCAGAAUUUAGUGAACAACUUCACACUAAGAAAGACAAACAGGAACUAACAAAUCAGGAUAAAGGAGCCAACUUAGAAAAAGAAAACAGUUGGUAUAAUGAUCAGUGGAAUGAAUUCACAAGGACAGAGAAAACAAAACCAGUGAAGAAAGGUCCUAAAAGGCCCGACUGGAAUAUAAAUAAGCCACUCAAAAGGUAUAUUCCAGCAUCAGAAAAGUACCCUAAACAGCUUCAAAAGCAGAGAGAAGAAAAAAAAGUAAGAAGGCAGAUGGAACUGCUUAAUUUGGUAGAAAGAAACAGUCCUGGACACCUCUCUCAAAAUAGAGGGCCUUCACCAGUUCUUCCUUCAUCUCAAGAAACUGAGCCAAGGUUCAGGUGGCAUCUAAUCAAAAAGGAAGAAGAUCCUCUGAAAAUUAAUUCUUUCAGCAAGGAAAGGUCUCCAUCACCACCACCAGUUCCAGUGGUGAAAAACAGAACACAACAGACUCAGACACUAAACAGUAAUUAUGAAAGAGAGAAUCUGAUCUUAGAAGGCAGUCAAACAGAAACAUCACCUGGGGUUUCUGAACCAUCCCAUUUUAUCCCCUAUGUCCGAACCAGUGAGAUCUAUUACCUUGAUCCAGAUGCACCACUGUCUAGGCCUUUAACCCAGGAUCUUCAGUACCAAAAUCCACAUGACUGUGACCAAGAACAAGGACAGCUACUUGACUUUGGUGUCAGGGACCCACUUCUUAAUCCUAACUUGUUGAAAAACAGGGAUCGACAACAAGCAAUCCUUAAGGGACUAUCAGAACUGAGACAGGGCCUUCUCCAGAAGCAAAGGGAGUUGGAAACUAAUCUCAUGCCUUUAGCUGCAAAUCAAGAAGAGAAUUUUAAUUCUUCGCUUUAAAUGUAGAAAAUCAAAUCCUUCACGUUUGUUGUCUUCUAAAUUAUAAAAUGUGUUCAUUGCAUAACUGUAUUUUCCAAAUAACCUAGAUUUUAAAAAUGCUUAUUUAAAACUUGUACAUUAUGUAGUACAACACUGUGUAUAUAUAUAUAUAUUUUACAAUAAAACGGACAUUUUUUGUAAAGCUUAGUAAAGAAAAAAAAAAUUUCUGCUCUAUCACAAUCUAGGCAUUUAAGUCCUGUAAAAACACUUUCCACUUACCUUACGACAGGUUUCUGACCUGUUCACAGACAACGUUCUUCUACACUUAUGAAGCUUAUUACUAAGAUACCACUUAGGUAUUUUGCUCUAUAAAAAGAUCUGAAAGGUUAGAACUCAGAUUCUAAGUUCUUCUGAAGGGCGGGCCCAAAGGAAGGUCUGACUUAACACAUCCCAACUUUUACUAGAGUAGCUGAUUUGGUAUUUCUUUUCUCUAAAUCCUUUUUUUUCUUCUUUUUUCACUUGUGGAAACUGCAUUUUCAAAAACAGCUUGCAUUUGUAAUGCAGGCAGUUAUUACCAAUAUAGUUUUAAAACUGAUCGCCAUAUACUUUGUGAAUUUGAAGUUAUUUUUUAGAACAGCACUUAAGUGUUUAACACCUCAAAAAAUAUACUUACAUUUUGCUAAGACUACCAAUUUAAAAAUCCAUAGCAAAUUUGUUCAAUGCCUUUAAUAAACAAACCUAUCUUUUGAAAUAGGAGACUGAAUUUGAGUAAGUCAAAUUUCACACUAAGUACUGAAAAUCGUUAAUUAUCAAAUACCCUCGAAUAAAAGGUUGAGCAAAAUUUUAGCAACAGGCAAUUUUUACAUGGCUAAGCUUAAAGAUAAAAAUAAUGCUGCCUGGUAUUAAGUCCUAGGUCUUAAAUCUUGAGGUAUUGAGCCAAAUCCUGUAAAUAUUUAUUGACAUCACUGGCUUAUACCUGUAUAAAAACACUAUACAAAAGCUUAAAAUAAAUACAAUAGUUGACUGAUAUGUCAUUUCAGCAAAAGUAGCUGGUAUCCUGACAGAGGGGGGGAAAAAGUUAUUUACUAUGGUUUUGCAAAUAUCUAAUUUUAUGUAUAAAACAGGCUUCAAUUUGAAGUCUAAGUACAGGUGACAUAUAAAUGUAAAACUUAAAAGUGCCAACAUGAGAUAAUUCAAGUACAAUAUAUGUUAAAAAUAUAUAUAUUUAUUUCAAUUUUCAGAUGCUUCAACUGUUACAGGCCAUCAUGAUUUAAAUAAAAGGAAAAAAAACAUUUGAGAAAGGACAAGAAACCUUUUGUUUAGAGAAUGAAAUAUAAAUUGUUAUUUCACUUAUAAGAAACAAAGUCCAUAACAACCUGUUUCAAAAAAAAAAAUUACUAUAAUUAUUUCUCUUUUGAAAACGGCCUGGAAGAAUCACUUUUCCCCCAACUUAAUGGAGAUGGAGAUUUAUCUCUAUCCAAGCUUUGAGUAUAAGCAGAUAAAAAGUAAUUUUCACUUUCUUGAGACUGACUUGAUGAAAGGGCAUAUGGUGUCCCCAAAAAUGUCUGAUGAGUGAGAACGUUAAAAUGACUAAACUGAUGGGACAUAUGUAAUUGACUGUGAUAAACCUGAAAGCUGCUAUAUGCAUCUUGUUCAGUUGAACUGCUGUUCUCUCCUUCAGAGCACACUAGAGCAACAGAAGCUCUCUCUUCAGAAUCAAUCUGACAAGUCUUAUCUUCUAAUAAACUUUUUUGCACGUCAAGAGACGAUUGCAACUCAA